GUGUUGAACGAGAGACAGAAGUUCGAGAAAAUGUCCAGGCCGCUGUGAAGGACCUCGAGAAAACCUCAUACACCAUCAAUACUGUGCUCGAAAAGAUGCAUAACACUAGAGGGAUACAGAACCUCCAGUCAAUCUGUGAGGAUUGCGUUACUCAGCUCGCAAGUGUACCAGCAUUGUAUGAAGCCCUACAGGAGAAAGUCCCAGCAGGCGAAUACUACCGUUUUCACCACAACUUCCGAGGGACCACCCAGCGCCUGGUUGCUGCCACAUGCCUCAUCACGUAUCUGCGAGAAAAUCGACUCGCACCACAUGAAGAAGUGGCACAGUCAUUAGGUCUUUGUACGCAACGAGAGAAGGGCUUCCACCUCGAUUUGGAGGACUACCUUUUGGGUACACUCAGCAUCAGCCAUGAGUUGGCAAGACUGGCUAUCAAUUCAGUUAGUGCUGGUGAUUAUGCACGGCCCUUCCAAAUUCAGCAAUUCCUAAGAGAUCUGCAUGCAGCGUACUCCCUCCUUUUCCCAAAGAACGAAUUACGCAAGAAAUUCGACGAGCUCAAGUAUGCUCUGAAGAAGACUGAGGAGGUGGUGUAUAAUUUAUCUCUCCGAGGUCUCAAACCCCAAGACAGUGAGACUUCAGGAUAAUAAAGUUGUCUAUGUCUUGUUUCGAGGGAUUUUCAUAAACUUCAUGGGGAACUUUUUUUCGUCUCUGUAGCAACUUUGCGAAGAAGACUCGUGUCAUGAGUUACAAAGUCCUUUUAUUUUUACAGAGACUUUGAUUUUUCUUUGUAGAGCAAAGGUUCUUUGAAGUUCAUGUUUUUUCAUGUUUGCUGGAGAAAUGUGUCUGUUUGUAUACACCACUUUUUUUAUUAUUAUGGUCAUGUGUAUCCGAAUUAUAAUUAUUUAUAUUCAUGCCUAUAAAUUGAUAUGUCUUUUUUUUUUAAUAAGGAAGAGCAAGUACUUAUUCAGUUCAAGAAAACUGAUAUGGUUGAAGUCAGGGGGAGUAUUCGCAAAUGGUCACAGGCUUUGUGAUUUAUCUAUGACCAAUUACCAGUUUAUGACUUUUCACAAAAUUUUCUUUAGCAUUUGAUUUUGGUCUGUGACUCAGCCGAAGUUUCAUACAGGACUGGCAGAGUACCAUACUCGUAAGGACUGUCUCUAAAUUGACUUUGUGAGAUGUGGACAAGACUUCAAUUUUACUUUUGUUGAAGAUAACUCUCCAUCAGGAUAUGGAAUAUUAUCAUGUACUGUCAAAUGAUAAUUGAGCCAUUUCCUCCAAUUUUAUUGCAGUUUUCUCUUUGAUAAAUGCAAAUGGCAUUUCACACUUUCUCAUCUGACGCAAAGAUAACAAACAUAGAGGGUGCAGGCAAAAAUGUGAAAGAUAUUCGUUAUGUAGUAUUACAGUCACUAUGCAUUUGAGAUUCACUUUUUAUUCCAUAAUUAUUACCUUAGUAUUACUUUUACUUUACGGUAUUUUAAAUGUGAAUACUUCUAGUUAAGCGUUUGAAAUGUGGGAACAGUCUGAGUCAUAGAUGAAACAGCUAGGAACAGUGUAAAAACUGAAUCAUAGAUAAAUUCUGCGACAAUCAAUGACAUCCAAAGACCGUUUAUAAGAACAGUCCUUAAAUUAUUCAAAAAAAUUCUAUGACCUUUUGUGAAUAUUGCCCCUGAUUUUUAAUUAUUUCAUCAGAGCAUCAUUCCUUUCGUAUGUUAAAGUUUGCCAAGUAGUGAGGACCAGUUUUAUUCCAUUUUUUUUAUUUAAAAGGACACAAAGGCAGCUUUCAAUUUUGAUUGCAUUUUCAGUUUCAUGUUGCUAUCAUUAUAUUACUGGUCCAUCAAUUGAAAGAGUACCACUUGUACAUUCUGUGCUCCAUUAGUUUUUGUUUCUUUGUCGUAAAGAUUACCUAUAGGGGAGUUGACACACUAAUUGAUCGGAAGUGUGUAAUUUUUUGUUCUUUUUGCUUUCCACAGCCAGAACAACUGGAUGAAUGGAAAGUUGAUGUGAUAAAUUUGUACACCAAAUUA